ACGUCGGAUCCCUAGAUCCGUUUCCAACCAAACAAGCUCUCAAAAAAUUUUCAACUUCUUUCAACCUCCCGUUCAUCCCCAAAUUUAAAGCCAAAGAAAACCCUAACCUGAGAUCCCCAAAUCCCCAACCUUCAAUUGCUUCCUCCCCCCCCCAAAAGAACCCUAGAUCUCAAUGGAGGGAGGCUCAAUUGACGGUCCUUCCCCCUCGAUCGCUAAAUGGAAGGCCAAUUUCUCGAGAACUUAUCAGUAUUAUCUCGAUCGAUCGACGCCCAAUUCCUGGGGCCGAUGGAUCGGGACGCUGGCGAUUCUGUUCGUGUACGCAUUGAGGGUCUAUUAUCUGCAGGGGUUUUAUAUUGUGAGCUAUGGGCUUGGGAUUUACUUGCUUAAUCUUUUGAUUGGGUUUCUUUCCCCCGUUGUGGAUCCGGAGCUGGAGAGCUCCGAUGGGCCAUCUCUGCCCACGAGAGGAUCCGAUGAGUUCAAGCCUUUCAUGAGGAGGCUCCCUGAGUUCAAGUUUUGGUAUUCCAUAACGAAAGCUAUCUGCAUUGCUUUUGUCAUGACCUUCUUCUCCGUAUUUGAUGUUCCUGUCUUCUGGCCUAUACUUCUCUUUUACUGGAUUGUUCUCUUCUUCCUGACAAUGAAGCGCCAGAUACUGCAUAUGAUCAAAUACAAAUACAUUCCCUUCAACGUUGGAAAGCAGAAGUACACGGGGAAGAAGCCCGGUGCAAGCAGCAGCUCUGAUUGAUCAGACACACAUUAUGAAGAGAAUGCAUGCGGAAAUGGGGGAUUGCGUGAUAGUCAUAGGCUAUGGACUUGUUGUGUAUUUAAAGAUUCAAAAAUUUGUUUCAAAUAUUAGCGAGGAUGUUAGCAGUUGCAACGAUGAUUUUGCUGGCGUAUUGAGCGCCUUCUAUGAUAUAAUACAUUGUAAGUCUAUACCUUUUUCUUGUUAAUCGUCCUCAAAUCAUUUAUAAUUUAGCAUGUUGUAACAGAACAUUAUAAUCUGCAAGGAACAGUUGCCAAUGUGCUUGGUAUUCA